AUCACAUUUUAGCCCGCAGAAAUUUUCGUUCAAUACAACUACUUCGCUCGCACAUAUACUAAAUUAUGCUAUAUUCACAAAUUUCGAAAGAGCAACCAUCUUCUUUCAAGCAAUAAUAUCAACUUUGCUUUCAAAUGGCAAACUAAAAAUUACCCUGAAAGCAUGUGAGAAUGACAAAUACGACCCAGUGCCAACAAUAAUGUAGCGUAUACCAUUUUCUUUUAGCCAAAGUGUAACCAACAGGCAAAGAAUUUGACCGCAACCAGCGACCAGCUGAAGGCAGUCACCAACCUGAGUUGAAAUGAAAAUUCAGUUUGUUUCCAGUCGUCGUCUUGUCAAUAUUGAGCUAAGAAAAACUUUAAAUUUCGAAGACACGUGUGGUCGAGCGCAAGCGAGUGAGGAAAACUCUUAAAAAGUCAACAACUCGUCACUGGUGAAUGCAAUCGUUUAUUGCAAUCAGCUUGACAUUUCGCAUUACACAAACAAUGAUAUGUCAUUGGUGUUUUCUUUGUGCGUAGAAAAUCGAUUUAAUUUGUGAAAACUUGUAGCGAAACAGCAAGAAAUUUUUUUUUCUGAAUAAUUAGUGCAAUUGUGUAUGAAUUCGACUUCGAGUGCCGUGUAUGCUUACAGAUUACAUUUUGGGCGAAAAUUUCCUUUUAUUACAUUGUAGCGAGUGAGAUAAACACUAUUUGUGGAUUAUACGCGGUACAUUUGGAUAUAUUUACGCACCGUUCGCACAUCGAUUUGUGGCGCCCAAAACGUUAUGAAGCGCGCCCGACGAAUAAUGUGGUAGAAAGAAACGGUCAGUGACAAAUGAAAAGCACUCUCCUGCAAUGUGAUACUCUUCAUGGAUUUAAUGCCAAAAGUUUUUUUAAUGGAUAUGAGUUUAAUGUAUGCAAAUUGUUCGAGAUUUUCGCCUAAAGUGUUACUACGAAUAUCUACAUACGAGUAUAUCGCGUAGAGAAGGGAACGUCUUGGAGGAGCGAACGAAAAGACUCGGAUGCUAAUUGUGUGAGACCAUCCAAGUACUGGCAAUUUACUCAACUAACUACAACAACAACAACAUAAACAACUAGAAGAGCAACAACUUCGAACAAAGCAAAGUGAAUUUGCAAAUUAAAUCUAAGCGCAUAAGUAUGCAAUGAAAUGAAAAGUGAGUGGUAGAGGAAACACAACUAGAGGAAGAGGAGGAAAAAAUAUCGUCUGAAAGUGAAAAGGAAAAAAAGAAAGAAUUGGACGUCAUGGAAACGCGCAGUAAGGACGCUUGCCGUACUGCGGCUGCCGACUCCACAACAGCAAUUAGUGCGCUCAACAGUGAGAAUUGUAGUGUAGACUCGACUACAACGCAACAACAACCAAGCGUUGUUCAUUCAACAACAGCGCCACAGCAACAACAGGUGAGCAGCAGCACAAGCAGCGCGCCGAAAACGAGCUCACCAACGCCACCUAGUAGCAACAACAACAAUAACAAUAAUGCAACCAAUAAGACAAAGUCACAACAGCAGCAACAACAACAGCAAUAUCAUCAAUUUCGUGCGCCACAACAAUUUGUGCGGCAUCGACGCGCCACCGCUCCCGCAGCGUUGCUCAAUAAGAAGGGCAAAACAUGGAAUAAACGACAGCAGCGUGGUGCAAAACUGCAACAACAACAACAACAACAACAACAACAACAACUACAACUACAGCAACAUCAACAGCAACAACACAUGCUACAAGGUGGCGGCGGCAAUGUGGGUGCCGCUGGUGGUGGCGUCAGUGAUAUUAGUGGAACGCCAGCGUCUGCCACGACGGGGGCUACAACCAAAGCCGACCUUGAGAAUAUACAGAAUUUCAAGAAUCAACUUGGCGGCCAUCAUUACUAUCCGCAUGGUGGUGGUGGGGGCGGAGCACAUCGCGGUGUGGGCGGUGUAAAUCCAGCAGGUGGCGGCAACGUUGGGGGCGCAACAGGCGCUGGUGCAUCGAGCAAUGGCUUAGCACCGGCCGCAAUAGCCAACAUGGAAAAACUGGGUUACGGCCAUGGUCAUAUGAAAAUGUACAAAAAGUUGCUGGCGCAUAGGGGCGUUGGCGGACAUCAUCACCAUGUGCUUUGCGCUGGCGCGGCACAUAAUACUAUUGGUGGCAACUCUAACUCGAACUGUUGCCUCAUCAACGGCUGCAACGGGGGCCAUCCAAAUGGCAAGGAGCCCUCAAACGGCAGCACAAACAGUUCACAGUCUGGCAAUGUCGCUAGCUCGCUGCACUACUGCUGCGCACGUUCAAAAUUCUUUUUGCCCGAUAAGCGGGUGCGUAAAGAGACCAUCAUACCACCAACUAAGUUCUUGCUCGGCGGAAACAUCUCCGAUCCGCUCAACUUGAACUCGCUACAGAAUGAAAAUUCGAAUGCCUCAUCGAACAAUAAUACGCCGGCAACCACACCGCGCCAGUCACCCAUCACUACGCCACCCAAAGUGGAGGUGAUCAUACCGCCGAAUAUACGUGAUCCCUUGCAUCUGCUUGAUCCUGUCGAUUCGAUGGAGUAUGAAAAGCAGCUAACAUCACCGAUGAAGCGUGGCGGCGCACGUGGCGGACACGCCCAUCAUCACAGCGCCAAGCAUCGUCAUCGCAAAAAUCGUAAGAGCAAGCGACGUCGUCACGACUCCUACCAGUCGUCUGUGGGUAGCGCAUCCAUUGGCGACGCUGACACAACCGCUCUGGCCAACAGCACAAUGUCUACUGAGACGGUCAGUGUUAGCAGCUUAGUUUCCCUUUCGUUAGCCACAACUCUCGCCACUGUCUCCACGCUGGAGAGUAGCGUCAAUUUGAGUUUACCGUCGACCGGGGAUGGCAUGAACAAUAAUGUUAACAUUCUGAGCAAAAGCACACCAAUGGUGGUAAGCACAUGUGAGACAAUGCCAGCUGAGUACAGACAACAGCUGGAAGAGCGCGAAGAGCACGAAACUUUGAAUACCGGCGCAGCAAUGCUCAGUAAUGUAAGCGCAGUGGAGGAACGUUUUGAGCGACGGAACAGCAAAAGCUCAUCGCCAGUAAAACAGAGUGCCAACUUAACACUCUCUGGAACCACCUCGUCGUUGGGCGUGAGUGAGACUGGAGAGCCAUUGUUGACACCAAGUGCUGCUAUAACAAAGGUCGCUACGGACGGAGCGGUUGCUGGUGGAGGUGAUGUUGUGCUUGGUGGCGCUGGUGUUGGUGCUUUGUUGUUGCCGCGAGAACGCGCCACGCGAGAUUUACGUUUGGAAUUGAACUCGACAACAGUGUUGUCCUCCUCGUCGUUGAGUGGCAGCACGUGCAGCAGCAUAAUGGCCGGACUGAGCGCCGGUGGCAUGGGCAUAGGUGGCGGAAGGAAGCGCAAGAUAAGCGAGAGCAAUAACUCGCAGAAAAAUAAGAAAUUCCAUCGGGAUGCUAUGGAUAAGAUCGUCAGCCCGGUAGUACCACAACCCGGUGCCUGGAAGCGACCACCACGCCUCGCGGCCACAGGAGCACGUAAACCAACACGUCGUUCUACUUCAAUCAGCGAGACGGAUAUACUCAGUCCAGCAGAUGAAGCUGCCAGGCCGCUAUCUAGCGAUGCCGAUUUGUUACGCGUUGAUACACCCGAUUUCAGUAAGCUCGAGACAAUCUCCGAAGCCGGACUCGCCAGUCCACUCAGCACCACAUCGGGCGCCACCUCAGUCGCCGCUGGGGAACAAGAAUCGCUGAUGGAUACAAGCGCUGGUGAUAAUUCCACCACAAUGCCGGCCGAAGAGACACAAACAUCACUCAGUAUUACGGCAAAAAGCAGUGCAAAUGUCUCCAUAAGCUCCAACGUUGCCAUAGCACAGCUCACAAAAAUGCCACAUUUCCGUGCUGACGGUGUAAAGUAUCAAUAUGGCAAUUAUGACCGCUAUGUAGGCUUGCGUCAUCUCAACGAGUUGGUGGAUGUACGCCUGCAAGUGUUUCAGCGUCACCUUGAGCUCUUUCAAAAUAAAGAUAUACUUGAUAUUGGUUGCAAUGUGGGGCAUAUGACAAUCACCGUGGCGCGAAACUUUGCGCCUAAAUCCAUAUUGGGUAUUGACAUUGAUAGGAAAUUGGUGGCACGCGCGCGGCACAAUCUCGGUCUAUAUGUGCUCAUACCACCACAAGGAAAACCGGCGAAACCAAGAGACGUCGCAUCCACAAUCGUUGAAAAGGAAGAGAAACCCAAAGUGGUGGUCAAGGAAGAGAGCGGCGCUGCAAGCGGCAGCACUGAAGGUAAGAUAAAGAGCGAAACUGCCGACGCAAACAAUACUGCCAAAGUGGCGAGCUGCAAAGCAAACAGCCACGCAACAGAAGCGAGCGCUAAUAGAACAAAAAAGACGCGUCGCCACAAAAAGUCAAAACAUGGAUUACAGCAGCAGCAACAACAACAACAUGCGCAUCAUCAACAGCAGCAGCAGCAUCAGCCACAGCUGCAGCAUCACCACCACCACCACCAUCACCAUCACAUGCAUCACCACCAUCAUCACAGCCACUAUCAACAACAACAACUACAAGCAUUGCAUGUACCUGCUACUGAUUUAUUUCCCGUGUCAUUUCCACUGACAUACGGUGGCAUACCAACAGCAGCUGCACCCAGCGCCUCAGUCGCCGCCUCUACCACUACCGCCGCCACCAACACAGCAGAUAGUCAUUCAGUCAGUGAGUCAACAAACACGCCCGGUCAUGCGAGUAAUAACACACCAGCAAGCAGUGGCGGCGCUGCAGUGGCAAAUCGCAAGCGUAAAAACGAUUUUCCGCGGAACGUAUUUUUCCGUCAUCAGAAUUAUGUGCUCGAGGAUGAGGCGCAGCUGGCGAAUGACACGCAGCAAUAUGAUCUCAUACUGUGCUUGUCGGUGACAAAGUGGAUACACUUGAAUUUCGGCGAUGCCGGACUGAAGAUGGCCUUUAAGCGUAUGUUCAAUCAACUGCGGCCCGGUGGAAAGCUAAUAUUGGAGGCACAAAAUUGGGCGAGCUACAAGAAAAAGAAGAAUUUAACGCCCGAAAUCUACAACAACUACCGCAACAUUGAAUUCUUUCCCAAUAAAUUUCAUGAGUAUCUACUCAGCUCAGAGGUUGGUUUCAGUCACAGCUACACCUUGGGCGUGCCGCGGCACUUGAGCAAAGGCUUUUGUCGUCCCAUACAGUUGUACGCCAAAGGCGACUACACCCCCAACCAUGUGCGCUGGAGUGACGCUUACUAUCCACAAACCCCCUUUGAAGCUUAUCGCGGCAUAUACGCAACAAUGCCACCACGACCAGCAGGUCUGGCAUCGUAUGCUAUGUCAUCGACACGCAGCCAGGCAUAUGACACACCACACUACACAGGCGGCACCUCUGGCCCAUAUAGUUGCCGUCAAACGCCCAUGUAUCAACCCAUCUAUAAUCCACUAGAGACCGAUUCGUAUUUACCCUCAUACGAUAUGGAAUAUCUCAACCAUAUGUAUGUCUUUGCCUCACCUCUCUAUCAGACCGUCUGGUCACCACCCGCCAGCUUGCGUAAUAGCUCCUCACAUACACCUGUCUUCGGCAGUGUACGCGAGGCUGAGUUGGAUGGUGAUGGUGGUGGUAGUGGAGGCGGUGGCAGUUACCACCGUCACGUUUAUCCACCCAACGAGGAUACCUCAUCGCCAAAUGCGAAUACGGGUGGCGCAUUCAGUUCGAUACGCGAUGCGGAUACAGAUGAUUCGAAUCAAUUGCCUGCUGGCCGUAUGCAGCAUGUCUAUGCGACCAAUUGUGGUGAGAGUUCAUCAUCGCCGCAGGUGCAACACAACAAUGAUUCGGAUGCACUGGUGGAAGAGUGUUUGUCUUUAGACGAUGAGCAACCAGUGUCGGGGCAGAGCCAGGGCCAUGUGGUGGCUGCAGCUGCAGGUGGUAGUGCGUAUGUCGUGGGCAUGAGCAACGGCGAAUUGCCUGUGGCAGCAGGUAGUGGUGCUACUGGACAGGAAGGCAGUCAGCAUUACUGUGAUUUAAAUGAUGCUUAAGUUUUAAAUUUGAAUAGUUUUCGAUUAACAAUAAUUUCAAUUAAUUUUCGCGAAUUUUGGGAGAAAAAUGUGGCGCAAAUGUGUAAUUGUCGAUUAAGUAAAUGCAGCGCAAAAUAUUUACAUAUGUACAAGCAAGUAGAAGUAUACAAUAUGUAGUUGGCAGCAUGUGUAAGCCUAAAGCGAAUGCUUCAAAGACGCUUAUGAGUAGCAUAAGUAUAUACAUACAAAUUUUACUUAGUAUCCACAUACAUACGUAGUACAUAAUGCAGCAGUUAUUGAAGAAGGAAACAACAAAUUAACAGGUAAAUAAUCAAAAAUUUAUGAAAAACUAGUUUUCAUUUGAAAAACUGUACUGCAGGCGCUUCAAAUGUUUGCGUACUAUCGAGUAAUGUCUAUUUUUUCUUGUUGGUUGAGUAAUUUUCUGAAGUUUUCUAGCUGCCUUGAAUCUUGAGUGUAGGUAAAAUGUAAAUUUUGGCAAGUUUUUCAAUUGUAAAAGCGUUUUAGAGUUCUUAAGUGCGAUAAGGAGUUGGAUUUGUUUCGUUAAAUUGCUUUCUUACUUUUUAAUUAGAACAUAUUAAAGGUUUUAUUGAAAAUACGUUGAACCAUUUACGUAUAAUUUUUUAUUUAAGUUUUUUUAUUAUUGAAUUAGUUUUUUCUUUAAUUUCAUUUUCAUGCUUACUUCUUUUAUUUAGAACUAAAUUCAGAUGAAAUCUUUGCUAUAUUACUAUUAGUUUAAUUGAAAUAACUAUUUUUCAUGAAUAUUAUUUUUGACAUUCACUAAAAUCUGACGAAAUCUUUACCAGAGCUGAGUCUAUUAAUUCGUCUAUUCUCUUUUUUAUAUUCAAAAGCAUAUUUUCUCAGACUAACAGUAAAAUUUGAUCAGCGCUCGAAGAGUACAGUUAAAAACGUUAUCUAUAAAAAUAUAUGUACAUAAAGUUACCAUUAUUUAGAAAAAAAAUUACGAAAGGAGGAAAAUUAAAG